AGGCGAGCGAUGAAGAAGCAGGGGGUGGUGGCGGGGGCGGCGGCGGUGGCGGCGGCGGGGAUGGUGAAGGCGGAGCUGGAGGACGUGGGGAAGGCGGCGGGGGGAGCGGCGGCGGCGGCGGUGGCGCUGAGCCCGCUGAGCGAGACGCUGUGGCGGGAGAAGGCGGCGGCGGAGUUCCUCGGGGACGUGUCGGCGCGGCUGGCGUGGCGGGACCUCACCGUCACCGUCGUGCUGGGCGGCGGCGGCGGCGAGACGCAGGACGUGCUCCAGGGGCUCACGGGCCACGCCGAGCCUGGCACCAUCACGGCGCUCAUGGGACCCUCCGGCUCCGGCAAGUCCACGCUGCUCGACGCCCUCGCCGGCCGCCUCGCCGCCAACGCCUUCCUCGACGGCACCGUCCUCCUCAACGGCCGCAAGGCCAACCUCUCCUUCGGCGCCGCGGCCUAUGUGACGCAAGAUGACAAUCUGAUCGGCACACUGACGGUGAGGGAGACCAUCUCAUACUCGGCACGCCUUCGCCUUCCUGACAAGAUGCCCAUGGAGGAGAAGCAUGCCCUCGUCGAGGGGACGAUCGUCGAGAUGGGGCUUCAGGACUGCGCCGACACGGUGGUCGGCAACUGGCACCUCCGGGGGAUCAGCGGCGGUGAGAAGAGGAGGGUCAGCAUCGCCCUCGAGAUACUGAUGAGGCCUAGGCUGCUCUUCCUGGAUGAACCAACCAGUGGUCUUGACAGUGCUUCAGCAUUCUUCGUGACACAGACGCUGCGUGGGCUGGCGAGGGAUGGCAGGACUGUGAUAGCAUCAAUCCAUCAGCCGAGCAGCGAGGUUUUCGAGCUUUUCGACCGGUUGUAUCUCCUGUCAGGAGGCAAAACUGUUUACUUUGGGCAGGCUUCUGAAGCUUGUCAGUUCUUUGCCCAAGCUGGUUUCCCUUGCCCACCAUUGCGCAAUCCAUCGGAUCAUUUCCUCAGAUGCAUAAACGCAGACUUCGACAAGGUGAAGGCCACCCUGAAAGGAUCAAUGAAGAGAAAAUUUGAAAGAUCCGAUGAUCCGCUCGAUCGGAUUAUGACUUCGGAGGCCAUCAGAAGGCUGAUCACCUACUACAAGAACUCACAGUACUACUUCGCUGCGCAGCAGAAAGUCAACGAGAUGGCACGGGUUAAAGGGACAGUGCUGGAUGCAGGAGGGAGCCAGGCUAGCUUCUGGAUGCAGGCUUUCACGCUCACAAAGCGAUCGUUCAUCAACAUGUCCCGGGACUUUGGGUACUACUGGCUCAGGCUCAUCAUCUACAUUGUUGUGACAGUCUGCAUUGGGACAAUCUACCUCAAUGUUGGCACUGGAUACAGCUCCAUUCUGGCAAGAGGUGCAUGUGCUUCUUUCGUCUUCGGCUUCGUCACGUUCAUGUCGAUCGGAGGAUUCCCAUCUUUUGUGGAAGACAUGAAGGUGUUUCAGAGAGAGAGGCUCAACGGGCACUAUGGCGUGCUGGCAUUCGUCAUAAGCAACACGAUCUCGGCAAUGCCAUUCUUGAUCUUGAUCACCUUCAUCUCCGGGACGAUGUGCUACUUCAUGGUGCGCCUCCACCCGGGUUUCACGCACUACCUCUUCUUCGUCCUCUGCCUCUACGCAAGCGUCACCGUCGUCGAGAGCUUGAUGAUGGCCAUUGCCAGUGUCAUCCCCAACUUCCUCAUGGGCAUCAUCAUCGGAGCUGGAAUUCAGGGGAUAUUCAUGCUGGUCUCAGGAUACUUUAGGCUUCCCCAUGACAUCCCAAAGCCAUUCUGGAGGUAUCCCAUGUCAUACAUCAGCUUCCACUACUGGGCACUGCAGGGGCAGUACCAGAACGACCUGAAGGGGCUGGUGUUCGACAACCAGGACGACGAGCUCCCCAAGAUCCCCGGCGAGUACAUCCUGGAGAACGUGUUCCAGAUCGACGUGAACCGAUCCAAGUGGCUGGACCUCGCCGUGCUCUUCAGCAUGAUCGUCAUCUACCGCCUGCUCUUCUUCGCCAUGAUCAAGGUCAGCGAGGACGUCACCCCCUGGGUGCGCGGCUACAUCGCGCGCCGGAGGGUGCAGCAGGGCAAGGGCGGCCGCCGGGCGGAGCUCGCCGCCUCCCGCUCGCCGUCGCUCCGAGCCUACGUCGUCGACGCCGACGACCUGCCGGCUGACCAUCCGUGAAACGGACAUGGCCUGAAAGCCCUGGAAGUCUCAACUCCUGAACCUGAACAAGUGGGAGACAGGAGAGGCAAACAGGAGCAGAAAAAAGAGGCUAAAACUGAACUAAAAAAAAAGGCAACCUGAAUAUCUGAUAUGAUAAUUGUGUGUGUUAUAGUAGUAGCAAUGCUUAAUUAAUCAAGCUGUCUUGUUGUAUUGUUUUGAUAAUACUAAUAUCAAGGUGUAUAUCAGCAGCUGAAUGCAAGUUUAGCUA